CCGUAGGGCAACAAGGCUGGUUACUUUUGACCGUGCUACUUGUGUCAUGAAAAAAAUCGAUCCAAUUGGCAGCUAUUUGGCUUUUAUAUCUGUCAGGCCCCCCUUUUGAACUGUUGUCAUUAAUAGAAUGUUCCUAAUGUGGAUGGGCCCAUCCAUCCCCGCAGUUGGACGAGGGACUAGGGAAACUGUCUCCAGCGAUCUAAAUAGGAGGGAAUGUUGACUAGGGAGCACCGCUGGGGCCGAACAGAGGAGCAGGAACCGGAGCUCAGGCUGAGUCUGAAAACUGUUGGCUCCAGACUUUGGCUCGGGGACGAUUGGAAGUAGGAGAUGGAGAUACCAGAGGAACCCGCCAAUAGUGGGCAUUCGCUACCCCCGGUUUAUAUUUACAGUCCCGAGUAUGUCAGAAUCUGCGAUUCCCUUGUGAAGGUCCCCAAACGGGCCAGUAUGGUUCACUCUCUGAUCGAAGCAUAUGCCCUGCAUAAACAAAUGAGGAUAGUGAAGCCCAAAGUGGCGUCCAUGGAGGAGAUGGCCACCUUCCACACUGAUGCCUAUCUGCAACAUCUCCAGAAGGUCAGCCAAGAAGGGGAUGAGGACCAUCCCGACUCCAUAGAAUAUGGCCUAGGUUAUGACUGCCCAGCCACAGAAGGGAUAUUUGACUAUGCAGCAGCUAUAGGAGGAGGUACAAUCACAGCUGCCCAGUGCCUGAUUGACGGGAAGUGUAAAGUAGCCAUUAACUGGUCUGGAGGGUGGCAUCAUGCAAAGAAAGAUGAAGCAUCUGGUUUCUGUUAUCUCAAUGAUGCUGUCCUAGGAAUAUUACGAUUGCGACGGAAAUUUGACCGGAUUCUCUAUGUGGAUUUGGAUCUACACCAUGGAGAUGGUGUAGAAGAUGCCUUCAGUUUUACAUCUAAAGUUAUGACUGUGUCCCUGCACAAGUUCUCUCCAGGAUUUUUCCCAGGAACAGGUGACUUGUCUGAUGUUGGCCUGGGGAAAGGACGGUACUACAGUGUCAAUGUGCCCAUUCAGGAUGGCGUCCAGGAUGAGAAGUACUAUUACAUCUGUGAAAGUGUACUAAAGGAAGUGUACCAGGCCUUCAAUCCGAAGGCAGUGGUUCUACAGCUGGGAGCAGAUACCAUUGCUGGAGAUCCAAUGUGCUCCUUUAACAUGACACCAGUGGGAAUUGGCAAGUGUCUGAAGUAUGUCCUUCAGUGGCAGUUGGCAACUCUGAUUUUAGGAGGAGGAGGCUACAACCUUGCCAACACGGCUCGUUGCUGGACAUACUUGACCGGGGUCAUCCUAGGGAAAACACUAUCCUCUGAGAUCCCAGAUCAUGAGUUUUUCACAGCAUAUGGUCCUGAUUAUGUGCUGGAAAUCACGCCAAGCUGCCGGCCAGACCGCAAUGAGCCCCGCCGAAUCCAGCAAAUCCUCAACUACAUCAAAGGGAAUCUGAAGCAUGUGGUCUAGUUGACAAAAAGAGAUCAAGUUUCCAGAGCUGGGCAGCACCCAUAAUGAAGACAGUGUGUUGAUGCAAGAAGUUUGUAGGAUUUGUGACUGCAGGGGAAAUUUGGAAGAAAUUACUUCCUGAAAAUUUCCAAGGGGCACCAAGUGGCAGCUGGCCUCCUGGGGUGAGGAGGCAGACACCCCAGAGCCAAGCCUAGGGGAAGGAGGAAGAUAUCCAGUGUUGAAUGUGUCUUAUUUUAAAACACAAACACUGUUUUUAAUGUUUCAAAAUUAUUUUUAAGCAAGUUGGGGGAAUAAUUUUAUCUUUAUAAAGGGGACAAGUCAGGAGCUGCAGUCAAGUGGAGCUUGGUAGGGGAGCAGCAGAUGGGCAGGUUUGGACCUCAGGGCCAUUUAGAGACACAUCGGGGAGGGUGUCAGCAGACUGGGAGGUAAGAGGUCUACCACUUUUUUUUUGGUACUAUGCACUCAAGUUGUUUCUUAAUAAAAUUUUGAAACUCU